AUGUCUCAAAUCAAAUCAUUACCAAAUAAUUUCAUUCUCUCAUCUUAUAUUAAUGAUAAUAAUAUUAAUAAUAAUAAUAUUAGUUCAAAUCUUCAAGCCGAAUGUAUUGAAAUUUUGAAUGCUAUACAAAAUGAAUUGUUUUUUGAUCAAGAUCUAACAUAUGAACAUAGAAUGUACAUUUUGAAUCGUCGUCAUACAAUCGAAAGUGGUUUUAUUACAAUGCUACAUGAUCUUAUUAAUCAGUUAAAUAUCGAUAUUCAUAUUCGUGAACGUUUAGCUACAAAUUUAAAUGGAUUUAAUUCAAGUUUUAAUAAUGUUGACUUGUAUACUGAUAUACGUGAUUAUUUUGGCAUCAAUCAUGAUUCUGAUGAAGAAUCUUAUUUCAAUCCUGAAACUGAUGAUACAUAUGCGAAUUCAGAAGACUGUUGUGAUGAUUUAGAAAAUUUAAUACUUGAUGACAUUGAACUUGAAGAUGCAAUUGAUAAUUAUUAUCAUUGA